AGCACCAGCCUAGUGAGGUGUACGUUUUAGGGCUAAAUGUUAAAGCAGUUUGCCAUACUAGCUCGCGCAGCGGCAGUCAAUUAUGCGGCGUCUGUCUGGUGCUCUAAGUUUUUUAAAAACCUCUAGCGGAUAUUAUCGUCGACGUUCAUAUGGAGUACUCACCGGACAGCAGAACACAAGCUCAGACUCAAAGCAGUACGAUGGAAGGCUGUAUCCAAGUCAUAUCCCGACAAGUUCUGCACAGAAGGCCGUUUUGGCUUUGGGUUCUGGUGUGGCUGCUCUGAAGAACCCCUACAGACACGAUAUGGUUGCAGUGCUUGGGGAAACCACCGGGCACCAGGCCCUGAUCAAGUUAAGGAACCGGAUGAGAAAUGACCCUGAAGGUUACAGUAUUCUCAAAGAGCGUCCAAGGAUCCGUCUGUCUACGUUAGACCUCACGCGAAUGUCUGCUUUGCCAGAUGGGACUUUAGGAAGAGAAUAUCUCAAUUUUCUAGAAGAAAAUACAGUCACCCCUGACUCAAGAGCUGAUGUGAAGUUUGUGGACGAUGAGGAGCUAGCAUAUGUCAUGCAACGGUAUCGUGAGGUCCAUGACCUGUUGCAUACCUUGCUUAGCAUGCCCACCAAUAUGCUAGGUGAGGUUGUGGUAAAGCUGUUUGAAGCUGCACAGACUGGUCUGCCCAUGUGUGUUCUGGGUGCAGCGCUUGGACCCCUUCGCCUGUCUGCCAGUCGUCUACAGUUGCUGGUUCAGUCUCUGGGACCAUGGGCUUUGAGCAAUGGCAGUCGCGCCCGAUGUGUUCUAAGCAUCUUCUAUGAACGACGCUGGGACCAGAACCUCGAUGAACUGAGACACGAGUUGAACAUCGAGCCUCCACCAGUCGAUCUGAUCCUGACCAAAAAGAAUACGUCCUCAAACUCGUAGUUCCCGUCUAACUGAUGGGAAGCCCCACAAGGAAACGCAUGCAGUCUGUUGCCGAGCAAGAUCACUUGUUUUCUUCUUACUCCUGUGAUGGGAAAUGAGGCUUAAGAAAAAAAACCUUAAUGUAACAAUGUAAAUAUACUGUGGCAUGAGUAGUGAAGUAAACAUCACUGUUGAUUUGUAGGAACACACUUGAUAUUCCUUGUCAACCAGCACGUGAGCAAAACUGUGAUUGUAAUGAAGUUUUAAUAAUAAUCAAACAUUUUAUAGUCUAUUUAAUGAGAUAUGUGGAAGUCAUGACAAUAGUACCUCCAGAAAUAUUUUUUAUCAGUUAUAUUUUGUCAUUUUUUUGUUUGCUAAACAUAAAGAUGCGUAAUAUAUAUCAAUAAAUAAUCAUUGUGAA